AUGAUGUCACGGUCUGCUGCAGCGGUGACUGCCUCUCCAGCGGCGCCUUGCGGGUCCUCCACGCGGACCUCAGGCGUCGAUGCACAAGACGCCAACGCGAGCGACGCCCGCGAUGGUGCCGCUCAGGCCUCGCAUCACACAAGUGUAGGACAUUGCCGUCAGCGCAGGUCCUGGACAGAAGAAGAGAAGCGUGCAUUUUGGAAGCAGAAGAAGUUAGAGAAGAGGGAGCGCAGGAAAGCCGCCGCUGCUGACCGGCUGAAGGCGCAGCAGGCGGAGUGGGUGUGCCUGACGGAGGAAGAGAAGGAGGCUCGCCGCGCUGAGGCGGUGCUGCUCCACGAGAGGCGUCGGCACGCAGAGGCGGCGCUGGUGACUCGAUGCGAGGCCCAGCUUGCCGAUUCUCAUGUACCGGCGAUUGUCUUCGACCUCAGCUUUGCGUGGUGCAUGACGGUGGCAAACACAAAGAGCACUGUGUCGCAGGUGAUGUUGAGCUACAGCGCCCUGCGCACUGCCGGCUUCCCCUUCCGCCCCGUCAUCACGUCGCUGAUGGGCAAGGAAGCCAGUGACGCCGAGCACGACGCCACGGGCCAAGCCGAAGUGCUGCAGGCUCUCAACAACUACGAGGGUUUUCGCCGAUUUCCGCCUAGGGUGACGCAGAUGCAGCACUGGAGUGAGCUCUUUGCACCGAGUCAAGUCGUUUUUCUCACUGCUGACUCGCCAGACACUCUCACCAGCAUCGAGCCAGAUACGGCGUACAUUGUCGGUGCCUUCGUAGACCACAACGCGCACAAGGGUUUGAGCUACGCCUCCGCGCAACGCCACGGCGUGCGCACGGCUCGGUUGCCCAUCAAGGAGAGUGUGGUGCUCGGUAACCGGUGCAAGGUGCUGACAAUCAAUCACUUGGUGGAGGUGCUCAUUCAGUAUGAGAAGCUGCGCGCCACCGGGACUCCAGACUGGGCACAGGCGAUCAACAGCGCGCUGCCGACGCGCCGCACUCAGCAAGUGAUCAGUAGACGACGAAAGCGUGGGCAAAUGAGCGUGACAGGAUCGGAUGACAAGGAGGGCGAUGAUGACGAGGUUAGUGAUGACGGUUGCUCAAAUGGCGAGUCGGACAAUGCAGACGGUUCUGCAGCUGUUGAGGAGUGCCAGUGCGAGAGGGUAGAAUAG